AUGUCGUCUCCUGUUCCUCCACAUCUGCGAGACUACCAGCGGUACUCUGAAGACAUUCCCUCGAGCGGAAACCGCCCAAACAGCCGGGAGGACAUUGACAACUACUUUGACCACAACCCGCCAGCACCCCACCGACUCUCGGGCUCAUAUCUAUCACCAUCAGGUUCUCCUCGACAAUCCUCAGACUAUCUCCCCGGAUCGUAUUCGCAGUCGCGCCUCAGCCCUCAGCCCCCUGCAUUUGGCGGCAAUGGGCCACGCUACCUCAGUCCACUCGCCGCCGCGGACGCGACGGAGACUGCUGGUGCGGGCAUGAGACACUCGAAUUAUUCAGAGAUGAGCAUGAUCGGCAACACCGCCGGCUCAAAUCUCAAUCGCAAGUCCACCUGGUUGAAAAAGGAGCAACGACACAAGCAAAAGAACCAUCGAUUG